CAUAACUUGCAAGUGACGUCAGUUCCCGUCUUCCGGUUUUGCGUCCGCCAUCACCGAGUACAUACGUCGCAGUGACCGUGCUGUGUUUACGCCUGUGCGGCGGAUCGUUUGGCGUUGUGCGCGUGUUUGCAUCGUUUGCCUUGCCCGUAUGGCGAAGGAGAAUCGUUCAGGACAUUGUCCUGCAUACUUUGAUGAACUUGUAGGACCAACGCGGGCCAGGUACAAAGAAAAAAUAGCCCUGUGCGACGGCGUGGAUCCCUAUGAGCUACGGGUUGGUGCUCAAGCCGCUGUUGAUGCAAGCCUGCUGCCAACGGUUACCCACGUCGACAUUAUAAAUUAUCUGGUACUCUCGACAAAUUAUGUUUCACUUGACCAGAUGAAGGCCUACAAAUCGCUGGACUCACACAAUUACUUUACGAGCGGAUGGGUCCGGAACAUCACUGCCAAGAAGUUGCCGUCUGAGCGUGUCGUCGUGCUUAGUCAGGUAAACCAUUCACAGCGCCUGCGGGAAGCACCACUAAAAGUUUGGCUCUUGGUUGACUUGGAUGGCAGUAUCAUCACUGCCCACUGUACCUGCAUGGCAGGUGCAGGAGAAGCUUGCUCUCAUGUUGGUGCAACUCUCUUUGCGGUGGAAACAGCAGUGCGGAUCAGAGACUCUGCGACUUGCACGGACAAGAGCAAUGUGUGGCUCCCUGCAUACAGCCCUACGACUGAGUUCAAACGGCUCCAAGACAUUGACUUUUCGUCGUCUAAGGCCAAGAAAAAAAGAAUGGACACCAUCCACAUCGAUUCUCCCAACACCCAUCAGCCAUCCCGACCAGUGCCAAAAGUUCCUGCUCCAACACCAGAUGAACUCGAACGGUGCUAUGCUGCGAUAAAAGAGAGUGGAGCUAAUCCUGCAUUAUUCAUGGUUAAUGCAAAAUACAGUUCAAAUUUUCAUCCACCAAAAGAGAAUGAGCCGUGUCUCCUUCGCAGUCUAGGGAGCACAGAAGCCAGAACAGAAGAUUUGCCGGCCUUACUAGUUCGUGCAGAGAAGGUAUUACGUGAACUUAAAAUAACUGACGACAUGGUGACUCGUGUUGAGAGAAACACGAGAGAGCAGUCUAAAUGUUCAAAGUGGUACGCAUACCGAGCUGGAAGAAUUACAGCAUCUGUAAUGAAGAGUGUCUGCACAACGAGUGUGAGCCAGCCAUCAGUGAGCUUAGUGAAGCGAAUUUGUUACCCUGAGAAACAAAAGUUUUCAUCAGCGGCAACAGAAUGGGGACUGCGACACGAGAACACUGCCCUUUCCAGCUACAAGGCCAAAGCAGUGCAGCAGCAUAGAGAUUUUCGUCUUAGAAAGACUGGUGUUUUUUUAUGUGUGGAGUACCCGCAUCUUGCAGCUAGUCCCGAUUCAUUUGUAAGUUGUGCAUGCUGUGGUGAUGGCAUUGUGGAAGUGAAAUGUCCGUACUCUGCAGCGGAUUGUGACAUUUUACAAACAUUGAACAGUCCUAACUGUUCUCUUGAGCAGAGGAAUGGGAAGCUUGUUUUGAAAAGAACUCAUGCAUAUUAUUUUCAAAUUCAAGCACAGAUUGCAGUGUGUCGUGUGAAAUAUUGCGACUUCGUUGUGUGGACACCUACGUCACUUUACACUGAAAGAGUAUUGGAGGAUGCAGUUUUUUUUAAUGAGAUUUUGCUAAAGGCAACUCGGUUUUUUACACACGUUGUUCUUCCAGAGCUGUUCGCAGAGUUUUUUACUAAGAAAGGUGAAGCCGUAGAAAGUGGUGCUGCAACUGCUGCGUAUUGCUACUGCAGAGGCCCGGAAAUUGGAAAGAUGUUGGCUUGUGAUGGCAAAAAGUGCCCUUACAAGUGGUUUCACUACUCUUGCAUAGGUAUCAAGCGGGCACCAAGGCAGAAGACAUGGUUUUGCUCAGACUGUUCAACCUAAUGUCCUUACUAGUCUUCUGUUACAAUGAGAAUUCAUAUGUCAUGUAUACACCACAUGUCUCACUUUUGGCAGUAUUUUUGUAUUUUACUUAUUAUUUAUUUAGUAUUUUACUGAAGUGAGGCUCCAUAAGUGGUAGUUUUAAAGGCAGCAGAGCUUAUGUAGAGGUACUUGUGUGUUGAAACUUUUUUUCCCUUCCUAGGUAUUCACUCUUUGAUACGUGUAA